CGGAAAGGAAAAAACGAAAAUCUGCAUUAGUUCGUUGCGCUCUUGGCGAUGCUGGUGAUAAAUUUGUGAAUUUCUGUUUUCCUUUAUAAAAUGCUACGCACAAUUUACGUUUAAACUAGCAAAUCAUUUAGUGUUAUCGCUUCGAAUCCGUGAAUUUGUUGUGCCAGAUUUAAAAGGAAAAUGCAUUCCCAGCGGCAGCAAAACUACACCGAAAUUUACGAUUUGCUGCGAAAGCUGUGCAAAAAUUUCGCUGGCGACCGAUAUGGUACCCUGUUAAAAAGUGCCACCCAGCAUAUGGCCAACACACCGCACUCGAUUUCGGCCUAUGUUGGUGAUGAAAGCUCGAUUGUAGCACGUAUCGGACAGUACCUGACGUCGGGGCGAAGCUCCGCGGAUACUGUGCUGUUUCAGGGAUUGCACGAACAGUUGAGCGCAUAUACGGACAGUAAACAAAGGUCCCAGGUUUUGGAGUUCUUACUACUACUGGCAGAUACGGAAGGCAACUCGAAGCUUCGCUCAUCGCAUCAGUUGCGCAACGGGAGUCUCAAUCUGCAAGUGGAUCUACGAAACGACAUGAGUAAUCAUCAUCCUCCCGUUCUUCCUGCCCCCAGCGCUUCCGCAAGCUCUCGCUCUUCGGCAGCAACGGUUGGCAUAACUGCUGGUGGGGCAGAAUCCUCCGGUCUAGAUGGCAUCUUCUCAAAACUGGAACUGCGGACACGCUCCAUGGAAAGUGUGAGUGGGAUGAAAAUGAUGCCUUUUAAAAAUUCCACUAGCUCGAUGGCAUCCGGAGACUUGUCCGAAGAAGAAGGGCUAACUGCUUCCCAAAACCUGCAAGAUCAGUUGAUUCAGGAUGUCAUUUACGCAUGUACCGGUAUUCAGGGGAAAUACUUGCGAAAACAUAUCGUAACCGGAGAAUUUAAAUUGGAUCACAUCAAGGGUCGCACAUUGAGUGUUGGCGAUGCAGGAAUGAUACUACAUCUAGCCGAAGUGGGUCAUUACCACAAUAAGGUAGUGAAAUUUACGGACCCGAAGAGCGAUUGUUAUAUGAAGGGAAAUUUUGGUCAAGGUUAUAUAUCAGCUUUACAGAAAGAGUUGACUCAGUACUACGGAAUGCUGGCAAUUCUGCAAGAAGAUUUGAACCGGCAGAGGCGAGAAAGAACUACAACAUUAACUGGCGGAGACCGCUUGACGCUCAUGAAGCUACGGCUUUGGUUGUCUGGACCCAUGGAAAGAUUGCAGUGGCUGGCACUCAUAUCGGAAUCAUGCAAGGAACUGAAAGGAGGAGCAUUGGCAACGGUUGUGCAUGAUUAUACAACCAACGGCUAUCCCGAGAAUAGGAAAUUGGCGUUGGAGCUAUUGAGAUCUUCGUGCAUUCCGCUGCAACACGCUUUAAUAAGGUGGUUGAUUAAUGGAGAAAUCGUUGAUCCCAAUUGCGAAUUCUUUAUAGAGGAAAUCUCCGAGGUUGGAUUCGAUCAGCUAUGGCAUCAAAAAUAUCGCAUUCGAAGGAGUAUGCUGCCCAGUUUUAUUAGCGAUACCAUGGCCAAACGAAUUCUGGUCAUCGGUAAAAGCAUUAACUUUCUACGGGAAGUCUGCCAAGAUAAAACCCCUGUCAAAUCUAGAAAUGAUCUGAAACAGUGCUUAGAAAAUGAGCUCGAUCUACUAUACUCGCCAAUAUGCACCACCAAACUUCAUCAGUUGAUAGACAGCCUGUAUCUCAACACAUCCAGACAAGUUUUGGACAUAGUGCUUGGGCCACAUCGUCUUUUGGAUCAUUUACAGGCGAUGCGAAACUAUCUGCUGUUAGGGCAAGGUCAUUUUGCAGAUAUUUUCAUGGAAAAUCUACACGUAGAACUAGAUCGACCUGCAUCGGAAAUAUUCCAGCACGAUUUAUUUUCCAUCCUGGCGGCUGCCGUUCGCAUUUCAUGCUCGGAACAAGACGAACCGGAAGUUCUUAAUUACCUGGACAUACAUUUUCUUACAAACUACGAUGGUGACACCGGAUGGGAUGUUUUCGGACUCACCUACAAAGUUUGCGGACCCCUCUCAACCAUAUUAGAGCCUUCCCUGAGCCGUUAUCAAACCUUUUUCAAGCAUCUCUGGAAUAUCAAACACAUCGAGUUCAUUCUGUCCCGCACCUGGAAGCAGCAAAUGUUGAACGGCAAAUCGUUGAAACCCUUACAGAAACAUAUCGGCCCGAUCGUCCAGCGACUUCAAAUGAUCACUUCCCAGAUGAUUAAUUUCAUCUGCCAGUUGCAAUACUAUACACUCUUCGAAGUGAUCGAGUGCUCCUGGGUCCAAUUCAUACCUCGAGUAAACCAGGCGACAGCCCUGGAUGACAUCCUUGAGGCCCAUCAUCAGUUUCUGGAAGAAAUUCGCAUUGGUACUUUCCUGAAUGAAAGUUCGCAACAAAUCAUAAACAAUCUCGAUACCGUUUUCAACACCGUUCGAAAAUUAGAUGAAUGGCAAGACCGAUUCUACCGACUAUGUUACACCGAAAAUGAUGCCCGUAAAGCUUAUCAGGAUCUGAUCAAAUCAAGCGAGAAGAAGGGUCAGUUUGGCACCACCACGGAACAGAUGCUGGAGCGCGAUGAACAGGCGAAAACCUUCGAGCAACAUCUCCUGACGCAUCAGACACUGCUCCAGGAUAUCGGUAACGAGUACGAAAGUAUCGUGGUUCAAUUCCUGUACCAGCUGACCAUAUCGACCAGCGAAACCCUGCGCCAGUUGGGCAUGCGGUUGGACUACAACGAAUACUUCAAACAUCGGGACCGGCGGUUGAACGUGCCGCUCACUUUCCAGCACAUUCGUAUGAGCAUGGCCACCAACAGCUUCCGGGCGGCCAGCAGCAGCAGUAGAAACGGUUCCAGUUCGAUGCUGUACUGACAGCAUAGCGGUUGCCGCACUCUCGAACUACUUGAGAAGAAAUUUCGUUAUUAUAAUUGUUGUGAGUUGAUGUGAGCGAAACCAGGAUAUUAAUGAUGUUUUAAAAUCUAUCGUAUAUUUUCAAAGGUUUUAACAUUUCCUUAACUUUUUUUUUUGAGUAAAUUUAAUAAUUUUUGAACUAAAAACACAAGGGAAGUGAAUAUUUACUGCUAGAAUGCACAGAGCUUGAAUGUUUUGAAGUUGUAUUUCUUUUUUUCGAUUUGAUCUAAGUAUCACGUUAAUGGGCUUAGUUUAAUGUUGAAAUGCUCUAUAUUUUCUUUUUCUAAGAUAAUACCUGCAGUAUUAUUUUUUCUUGGAAUAUCAAAAGGAGGUUACGACGAUAUUAGAUAAUCGAGCUUCAAAUUCCCUAAUAUUCAUCUUCUGAAAUAUGUCUUCCUUGUUGCGAAUUGCCUAACAAAUUUAAAGUAUUGUGAAAAUCGUGCCAACUGACUCUAUUGUUUUUGCAGUCUUGAAUCCUGAAACAAACCCUGUUUGUCACUCAAAAUAAGUAAAAGUCGGACUUCUGCAUAUUUUUUGCCAUUUCGUAAUCGAAAAAAAGUUUGAAGAAAAUCGAAAAUGUCCUGAGACUUAAAAAGAUAUUGCUUAAAAAUCUAGUCUUAAAAAUUGUUUGAAAUAUUUCUCAAAACGUAGAUUUCUUAGUCUUUAAAUUUUGUUCUUAAAUUUAUCGAAUAAUUUUCGGAAAGUUCAUCGAUUCAAAGUGAAUAGGUGAAAUUCAGAAAAUUAUCACUUUUAAUUAAUUAUAUUCUAGUUUUAAACCUUAUCUGGUUAAUGUUUAUAAUCUAGAAUAUAACGUUAAUUCAAUCGUACUAAUUUCCUGGUUUUCCGAGCAGCAAGCCACCUGAAAGCAGUCAUUAAAAAUCGAGUGCCAACCUGUUGAACGUGUUAAUCUAAGCUCACACGAAAGAGCAACAAUAUAAACGUCUAUUUGUACAGGAAUUCUGUAAUAAAAGUAAUGUUGAAUACUAAUAAACAUAAUACUCGAA